AUGACGUUAGCUCACCAAACGGAUUUUUGAGGUGGCGGAUGAACGGAAGAAAGAUGCCACCGACUGAGAGGCUAAUGGACAACAAAGGCCUUAAACAAAAAAUCGCAUUUGAGGUUGAACGAACAUCUGCGUAUUGUGACAAUUCUCCAGCAAAAAAGAAAGCACACGGUUGUAAAACAUCAGCCUCAAAGGCUUCAGAUUUGUUUGAGGCUGCACUUGCAGGUGCACAUAGGGAGGUCAACAUGCUAUUCUCCAAAUACUCUGAAGUGUUGAGUGAGAGAGCUGCAAUGGAUGCUUCGCAGGUUAGGGAGUUGGAUAACCUAUUGAUGGAGGCCAGAAACUUGGAGUCAAACCUAAAGGAGAAGAAAGAUCACUUACGGCGUACCCUGGCUAUCAUUUCUGACAAACUGCAGGGAUAGACAACCUACAUAGCUUUAUGUCCUACUCUCAAUUUGAAAUAAUUCCUCAUUAAUCUUAAUCAGUAACAUCAGAUCAUUUUGAUGUGUAUGUUUGAAUGUUCUCAGUCAUAAUCCCACGUUGGCAAACAAAAUGUC